ACCCAACCCACAAACUUGGCAUAUCCGGAAUCACCUGCUGGUCGCCAGUGGGCUAAAACCAGUGCCAUCACCAUAUAACUGAUCGCAGGAGACAAUAUUUUACAAUGGAUGCCGCUCACAUAUUUCGACAAGGUCUCGGCACUGUGCCUCCCCGCCAGAUUCAAACCUUUGACCCAUACCAAGGUCAAGGCUACGAAGCCGACGAUUUUCUAGAUGGCGACAGUUCCGGCCAGAGAGUAGCACACACAUUGACGGCCUGCUGUAGGUGUCGCCAGCGAAAGACGCGCUGUGAUCCCUCACUACCCCGCUGUCGCCCAUGCGAGAAGGCUGGUGCCAUCUGCGAAUAUCUCGACGCUGCGAAGGGGCGCAAAGUUAAUCGCUACUACGUUAUUAAAUUGCAAGACAAAGUCCGAGCUCUUGAAGCGGAGCUUGACCAGUACACCGAUGAGGCUACCGACUACCCCAGCACCAACGAAGACAUUGUCCGCCCCGGAGGCAUGAUUCGCCUCAGCGUCAGCGACGAAACGCCCCGGUAUUUGGGCCCUAGCAGUGGUAUAGCCAUGACGCGUCUGCUUAUGGAAGAAGCCAAGCGCUAUACAGAGACCAACAGUAUCUCCGAAUUGAUUCCAGAAGUGCGAGCCAGGCGCCAAGCCCGUAUGCAGUCUAUACAAAUGACGGGUACCCCUAGCGGUCAUAAGAAGAGCUAUCCGAUGAUCAGCGAACACCCCGCAGAAAGCUUACCGACUCGCGCUAUGGCGACGAAGCUUAUCGAAGUUUUUUGGAAGAAAUGUCAAAUUAUGUGGCCCGCUCUACAUGAAAAAAUGCUACAUCAAACCGUUGAAGAUGUAUACAAUGGCGAUGCUGAUCACGUCAAAAACUUCAUCGUCCGCAUGGUGUUUGCCAUCAGUCUGCAAAAGCUAGAUACGCAAUACGCUGGAUUGGCUGAUAGUUAUUAUCAAGCGGCCAUGAAAAAGUUUCAAGACGUGCUUCGGCCUAAAGACCUCAAAACCCUACAGUGUCUAGUUUUAGUCGGACAGUAUUCUCUUAUAACCCCAGCAAGCACCCCAAUCUACUAUGUCAUCGGUCUCGCCACAAGAAUUUGCCAACAAGAGGGCUUGACAGACGAGAAAACAAUUGCGACAGGUUACGGCUUGAACGCCGAAAUCAUUGAUCUUAGAAGACGCUUGGUGUGGAUUAUUGCAACGAUGGAGUUUGGACUGUCCUAUUAUAUGGGGCGUCCAACUGGAUUUGCCAAGGGCGAUGACCGCAUGGAUGUCCGUUUCUUUGCCACUGUCGGCGAUGAUCUCAUUAGCCCAGAUGGUAUCAAGGAAGGCCCACCAUGUAUUCCAAAGGUUAUGGCAAUCCAUUUCUACAAGAUGCGCCUCUAUCAAGCCGAGAUUCGUCGUGCUCUUUACGAAAAGAAACGCGCUGAACCUACGAAUGAUGCUCAUCAGUGGUUUCAGAAUAUGGAGGCAAAGUUGAAAGACUGGCAAGACAGUACACCUGACAAUUUCCCCUGGGCAGUUACCUGUAGGUUCUCUGGAUUUUAUGAAGAACUGAGAGCUUUCAUGUACCGUCCCUCACCGCAAAUCCCCCUACCCUCACCUCGUGCCGCUGGUAUUUGCUACGAUAGCUGUGCAUACAUUAUUAACCUAACUAAGAAAGAGAUGGAAGUUGAGGCAAUCGACAUAACUUGGGUGUUUCUGGUUAACCUCUGCACAACGCUCAACACACUACUUUGGUCUACGUCAUAUGACGAUGUUCGCGAGAAACAUGCCAAAGAAGAGGUGGAAGAGCUUAUCAAUGUCGCUGUAGACUGCCUUGACCAGUGCUCGGAGCGCUGGCCUGGAACAUCAUCUGCAUCGCAACUCUAUGGCAUCUUUACCAAGGCAUGCCUUCAAAGCUAUGAAAGUAAAGGCAACCGCGAGAUGCAAAACAUCUUUUCUUUUGCGAGCCCCUCAUCAGCUGGAGACCAACACGGUUCGCCUCAAACAUUUGUGUCUGGCGAUGGCACCAACCCAUUGCCGUACCUAAACCCCCCCAACUUUGCCUACGUCUUUGACUCGCCCCCUGAAUCUAUGGCAACAUAUACCUUUGACCCCAACUUUCCGCCUCCUCAACCCUCUUUUCGUUCGAAUUCCAUUUUCUGCAACCCAACUACCGAUAGUAACGGCCGCCGCUUCUCCUACUUCCCACCCGACUUUUCGCAGCCGCCUGAUGCCUUCCCAGACGACAUGUCGCGUAACUUUGGCAAACUUGAAUCGGAUCUUGUAUCUGUGUCUGAACAGAUGAGUAGCCACAUCCCCACGCCGCCAGAGUCUAUGGGCGGUGGGAAUAUGACUGGCACGACGCCGAGCACAACCUUUUCUCCUCCAGCUAUGGCUACGACUCUCGCCGAGGCGUCAGUCUCGAUCCCCAUGCUUCCUCAGGCGCGCAAUACACCACCUAUGAAGCAUAUGGUUGCCAAGGCUGAUCCAGCCCAGAGAGACCCAACGUUUAGCAUCGCACCCCAAGUCAGCGCAGCCACUCAGCAGCGCCCGCUACCCACUACGGCACCUAUGAGCGGCGAAUGGUUCUCUCCUCUUCCCCCGUUUAUGUCUCCGUAUAACUUGGGUGGCGCAGCGCCGCUGUUUGGCGCCGACACUAUGUCCUCUGGCCCCAACUUUGGCGAGGUCCCUCGCAGCGGCAUGAGCUUUGGUAGCCCCACCGACUUCAAUGCGCCGUUUGGCUUCCCACAGGCGCGCCAGGGCAGUUUAUCGCAGUCACAGCAGCUAGAACUCAUGAAUGUACUGGAGACGGAAGGCAUGGGCGAGAUUGACGCAUACCUGAAUGCAGGAAACGGUAUGCCUGGCGACGGUCGAUGGUACUAGCCGGCCAUUUUGGCAUUUUCUUUUUGUCUUAUCGACUUCGGUAGGGACAGUGCCCUCUUGUUUGGUAUACGGAGUACAUGUAUGUAUGGGUUUGGGAGAAUAAUACCCUUGUGGCGUUUUGAGAUUUAGCAUGGGCUUUGUUUUCUUGUCGAAACUAGUCAAAUGAAAGAAUACAAUGAAUAUUGGUACAUAUAUAAUAGCCCAUCGACUGGGUGUAUGCUCUAUCAAGGAGUAUACCACUUUUUAAGACUCCUUUCCAGAUGUGUCAACUUCUCUACCAUCGCUGCUCGUCUUUUUUGCCCUCUUCUUUCUUUUCGCUGUCCCACUAACCAUUGGAACCUCACGUAUCCAGCGUGAGACCCAAUAUGCUCUAUCCAUACCAGAUGAAGGAUUACUGCGUUCGUCGCCGGACCAGCGUCGCAAAAGUUUUGUAGAAACUCCUCCAGAGGCGCGACCUGCGCUAGAUGUUGGAGGCUCCGGUACGGCUCCUCCCAACUCUUGUGUUAUGGGCCGCCCAUUUCGGUGUAGGUGUUGAGAUACAUCUCUACCUACAGAAAACAUACAGAGCGCAUCCCAUGAUUGAUCAAGUUGGAUCCAGUUAUCGGUGAGAUUCAGGAUUUCGAUCCAUGUUCCGAGCGCGGCGGGCUUGAUGCUUUGGAAGAUAGGAUAUCCGUUAUCCAAGCGUACAAGACGGGCUACCAUAAGGGCAUGCCGAGAUAUUUCCUUUGCCGAUGUCUGCGCUAGAGCAUGUGCAAUCAGGAAACAAUGCAAGGAUUCGAUAAGAAGAGGAUGGAACGUUAGCAUCUCUGUCAAGGGGUUAGAGUCUAGAGGAGGCAGGUCCCCUGGUGCAACAGCCUCAAAGAGUUUGGAAACGGGGUAUAUGGUCGGAGGAAUCGGAGGUGUUGCAGGCUCAGAUCCCCGGUAACGUGUGUUGUUUAUAAUGGCGUCCGCGCGGAGGGCCAUUUGCGAGCUGUAUUGAGGUGGCCAUUGAGGCGAGUAGUCUAGGAAUGAAAACAAUGAUAGAAAAUCACGGAUUGCCCGCUUUGCAUAUGUCUUGACUAGCUUGCGUGGCUCCUCAAAUCGUGACUCAUGGUCUGCUAUGUCAUUGUUGUUCGAAUCAGAAUGUUUUGGUAGGCUACCGACAAGGUUUUGGCAGGCGAGGUUUAGGUUGUAUGAAGCACGGUGAAAGUAUAGUUGGCCUUCUAAGCUGCUGGGCUGCUCUUCUUCCCGUAUGGGUCUGUCACCAAAUAGUUUGGGGUUCUGCGGAAGGUCUGUAGCUUUUGACGCUCCUGUAUGCUGCGAGGAUUGGAAUCUACACAUGGCGAGGGCGUCGGUGAUGUCCUGAAUAGCACCUGAAAGGUCCAUUUUGAAAGCUCGGACUACCGCUCGAGUACGAAGCAGGGCAGGCUCUCGAGGUGAUUCUGCUAUAAUAUCGGUAAGAGAUUCAAUAGUAGUUGAGUCGACCAAGUUCCGCGACGGUAUUUUUUCAUGGAAGAAGUGGACAUAUCUGGCGUCAAGAUCACUUGGUUCUCUCUUCAACACAUCUUUGGCAACAUCCUCCAAUAUUGAAGACGACUGCAUUAUGCUGACACUACUGGCAAUUUCGUCAAUUUUGUAAGCGCGGCUGAGUUUCUGCGUUGCUUGUUGCCUCAUUUUGAGUAUCCUGGCUUUGCUGAGCUUUUCACCAAAGCCAGUAGAGCUUGCUGUGGGAGAUGGACCGAACCCACUGGCCGCUUUGAUGGCCAACUCAGUUGCAUCAUCGAUCAAUUUUCUGAUUUUGAUAACGUCAAACAGCAGUGCCGGCUCGACGUGGCGGGGUAGCGGACUGUUGAAAUUGAGACUGCCCAACAAAUCCAGUUGUCUUGUAGUUAUAGAGAGCCAUGCCCCAUUGUAGGCAGAGAUGUAUUUCCAGU